GACCUUCCACACAUGCACUCACUGUAUACACGUCUUUCAUCUCUCUAUCUUCAAUCCUUCAAUCUUCGAACCACCCCAACUUUUCACCUCUUUCCACAUCACAAACCACACCCUGUACCACUCUCUCUCUCUCUGUCUCUCUCCCCGAUCGACUCCAUCCUCGGUGCUCACCAGCUGAGUUGCAUUUUCUCUGAGUUUCUGCUACUGGAUUCGGCUUUGAUUCUCUCGAGUUUGCUGUUUGGAAGAUUACCUGAGAGAAUUACUUUACCAAUCAGGCACAUUUGGUUGUCGAAUUCUUCGAUUGGGGUCGCUUUUUGUUGAAGCAGAGUACUGUGAUUGAUUUUUGUUGGUAGAUUCAACUGAGUUGAAGUUGAAACUGAUGAGCUUGAGGCAAUUCUUGUGUCUGGGUUUUUCUUUUUGUGUUGGUUUCAGUGAUGGGUUGUGUUUAUUCAAGGUCUUGCAUUGGUGAGAUAUGCACACCUAAAGAUGUCAAGGCUAAAGAAAGCCAAAAUGUGAGGGCAAGUGAGUUUCCUGUGUUCUCACCUGAUUCUUCAGUUGGGCAAGAAGGAGAAUUUAGAGAUCAAUUGAAUGAGCUCAGUAUAACUAGGGAUUCUGAAGCAGGCAUCACCAGACUUUCUAGGGUUUCAUCUCAGUUUCUCCCUCCAGAGGGAUCACGGACGGUUACCGUUCCAUCAGGGAACUAUGAAUUACGAUAUUCAUAUUUGUCUCAGAGAGGGUAUUACCCCAUGGCUCUUGAUAAAGCUAAUCAAGACAGUUUUUGCAUCCACACUCCAUUUGGGACAAACCCUGAUGACAAUUUCUUUGGGGUUUUUGAUGGGCAUGGAGAAUUCGGGGCUCAAUGCUCACAGUUUGUGAAGAGGAGGUUAUGUGAAAAUUUGCUUCGGAAUAGUCGGUUUCGUACAGAUGCAGUUGAGGCAUGUCAUGCUGCAUUCUUGGCAACAAAUUCACAGUUGCACGCUGACAGUUUGGAUGAUAGUAUGAGUGGGACAACUGCAAUUACCAUAUUGGUUCGUGGUCGGACAAUCUACGUAGCUAAUUCAGGUGAUUCUAGGGCUGUUAUAGCUGAGAGAAGAGGGAAGGAUGUUGUAGCAGUUGACCUAUCUAUAGAUCAAACUCCAUUUCGGGUGGAUGAACUUGAACGGGUUAAGCUUUGUGGAGCAAGAGUUCUUACUUUGGAUCAGAUUGAAGGGCUGAAAAACCCAGAUGUGCAGUGUUGGGGUACUGAAGAAGGUGAUGAUGGUGAUCCUCCUAGACUUUGGGUGGAAAAUGGGAUGUAUCCUGGUACGGCCUUUACACGAAGUAUAGGUGAUUCUAUUGCAGAGACAAUUGGGGUUGUGGCAAACCCAGAAAUUGUUGUUUUGGAGCUCAAACAAGAUCAUCCUUUUUUUGUAAUUGCCAGCGAUGGGGUGUUCGAGUUCCUUUCUAGCCAAACUGUGGUUGACAUGGUUGCAAAAUAUAAGGAUCCACGUGAUGCUUGUGCUGCAAUAGUUGCUGAAUCUUAUCGACUUUGGCUGCAAUAUGAAACUCGGACAGAUGACAUUACUGUGAUAGUUGUUCAUGUUAAUGGGUUAACUGAUUGUUCUGUUGGCCAGUCAGCAAGUCCAGAUGCUGUUUUACGACCCCCUAUCCCUCAAAUUGUUGAGGCCACAGGGUCAGAGUCUCCUUCAACCUUAAGCUGGAGUUCGAGAAUCAAUCGUGCUAGGCAUGAUUUAUCACGGGCACGUCUCCGUGUUAUUGAAAGUUCCCUAGAGAAUGGGCAAAUCUGGGUUCCUCCAUCUCCUGCCCACAGGAAGACCUGGGAAGAAGAAGCACAGAUUGAACGGGCGUUGCAUGAUCAUUUUCUAUUCAGAAAGCUAACUGAUUCUCAGCGUCAUGUUUUGUUGGAUUGCAUGCAAAGAGUUGAGGUUCAACCAGGAGAAAUUGUAGUGCAACAGGGUGGUGAAGGUGACUGUUUUUAUGUUGUUGGCAGUGGAGAAUUCGAGGUUUUGGCAACCCAGCAGGAAGAAAAAGAUGGAGAGGUUCCAAGGGUUCUGCAUCUGUAUACAGCUGAAAGAUUAUCAUCAUUUGGAGAGCUGGCACUAAUGAAUAACAAACCACUCCAGGCCUCUGUCCGUGCUGUGACAAGUGGAACUCUUUGGGCUUUAAAAAGGGAAGAUUUUCGAGGAAUUCUUACGUCAGAAUUUUCAAAUUUAUCAUCAUUGAAGUUGCUUCGAUCAGUAGAUCUGCUCUCGAGGUUGACAAUCCUACAGCUGAGUCACAUUGCAGAAUCUCUUUCUGAAGUUUCCUUUUCUGAGGGGCAGAUAAUAGCUGAUAGGGAUGAGGCUUUCUUGGGAUUGUACAUUAUCAAGAAGGGACAAGUUAGAAUUACUGUUGAUU